GGCAUCUGGCAGCAUAUAAGUAGAUGAUUGAGCCCAGAUCAUCAGACUGGAAACUCCAGUGAGACGUCACAAAGACUAUUUCUCAACUCAUCUGAUCUACACAACUUCACCAGGUGAUAUGGACUCAGACCAAAAGGUGGUGGCUGCCCUGGGUCGACCUUUUACCCUGGGAAUGCUGUAUGAUGCUCACAAGGAUGAACUUCUCACAGGACUCACAUUGUGGGAUAAAAAAACUCUACAAGAGCACAGGUCUGAGCAUUCUCAGCACAGCAGUUCAUUUGAAGUUGCUACAUCUGAUUCUAUAGAGUCCAAGUCCAAUCUGCUCGAUAUUGAUGCUUCUCUAAAGGCUAGUUUCAUGAGUGGAUUGAUUGAAGUUGAAGGUUCUGCAAAGUAUUUGAACAAUCAGAAGAAAUUCAAGAAUCAGAGCAGAGUGACGCUUCAGUACAAAGUUACCACCACAUUCGAACAGCUGUCAAUGACUGAGGAAGAAGCCAAGAACAUGUUGAAUGCUGCUGAUUCUGAGAAAGAGUCUGCCACACAUGUGGUGACGGGCAUCCUGUAUGGGGCAAAUGCUUUCUUUGUGUUUGACAGUGAGAAGUUAGAUGCUAGCAGCGUUCAGGAGAUCGAGGGCAGCAUGAAAGCUCUCAUUAAGAAGAUUCCCAAUGCUGAAAUUAGUGGGAAAGUUGAAAUGAAGCUGACUAGCGAAGAAAAAGCUGUGACGAACAAAUUCUCCUGUAAGUUCAUUGGGGACUUUAUUCUUCCCAGCAAUCCUAAAACAUUUGAAGAAGCAGUGCAGACCUACGUAGAGCUUCCAAAACUACUGACAAACAACCAAGACACUGUUGCUCCACUAAAGGUCUGGCUGACACCACUGAAGAUCUUCAGUUCCACGGCUUCUGAGCUGAAGGGUAGGAUCUGUACUUCAUUACUGAGUAAAGCUGAGACGGCUCUAGAAGAUGUAGAGCAAGCAGAAAGAAGAUGCAAUGACUCUCUGGAUGAUGAAGUGGUGGAAAAUCUGCCUGAGAUUUUAAAGAAGUUGAGAAAGUUCGCAAAAAAUUGUCAAGAUUACAAGUCUCAGCUCCAGCAGAUGAUGAAGGAGGAAUUUCCUUUGAUUCGUGAAGGUCAAAAAGAAAAUGCUUCAGUAGAAAAUCUCUUUGAUGAAAGAGAUAAUUCACCUUUCAGUAGUGACAAUUUAAACAACUGGAUGAACAGCAGAGAAAGAGAAAUCAAUAUCAUCAGGUCCUGUGUGGAGAUGAUGAAGGCAGGAACCAAUGUGAGGAUGGUUCCACGUCAGUCAGAUCUGGAUAGAGAGAUUCUGGCUCCAGGUGUAGAACAAGCUCUGUGCUUCGUUUUCACCUCUGUGGAACGUGUUGACUCCUACCUGGAAGAGAUGACCAAGUACUUACAUGCACAUGACCCACAUGAUAAGAACGUCCUUCUGUCAGCACAGCAGCCAUGGUACAACUCAAAUGAGGUUUUGAGCAAAAUGAGAGGAAAAGCUGCAGCUUUGCAUGAUUUUGCAACCAGUUUGAAGAACAAGAGCACAUUCCGUUUCCUUGUAACAACCGCACCAAAUGAUAAAUACCAGGGUGCAACUAUCUACCAUUACAAGGACGGUGUUCUGGUCACUGAAGAUUUCUCACGGCCCAGCAUCCCUGAUGUUACGAAAGUCACUGAUCAGAAAGAUUUGUUCUGGUAUGCCUGUGAUCUCACCAUGGACCCCAACACUGUAAACGGCUACCUCAUUCUGUCUGAUAAAGACAAGAGGGCAACGUAUGGACCAUGGCAGUACUACCCUGAUCAUCCAGAGAGAUUUACUGAGCCACAGGUUCUGUGCAGAGAAGGACUGAGCGGACGUCACUAUUGGGUGGUAGAGUGGAACGAUAAUUGUGGUGCAGGUGUUGCAUAUAAAAGAAUGCAACGGAAAGAAAGGGAAGCCAAUCGUUUUGGACGUAAUGCUGUAUCCUGGUUUUUGGCUAAGGAAUGUGGGUCACUCAGUGUACACCAUAAUAGUAAUUUACAGAACACAGGUUUUCCCCCUUCUGGGUGCAACAGAGUGGGGGUGUACCUGGAUUGGCCUGCUGGUACCCUGACUUUCUACGAUGCCACCUCUAACACACUGAAACACAUCUACACCUUCACCACCAAGUUCACUGAACCUGUUUAUCCAGGUCUCUGGUUUUAUUACAAGACCAACUUUGUUUAUCUGUGUCCACUUUAAGCAGAACCAGAACCAUUCUGGGUUUAAGUUUUAAAUGCCUGCUCCAGGUUGUGUUCAUAGCCUGAGUGUAAAACUAAUCCGUGGUUUGUCAUGAAUAAUUUUCUCUUUAUAAAACAACAAAUGAUGUGAUGAGGGUUUAAGUGUUAUUAUUCUGUAUGAUUGUUAGUUUUGCUUUCUGCUCUGUUUGUUUGCCUUACUGUAUAUUAAACAUAUCCAACUCUGCA